AUGGAUGCUGUGGAGUCUUCCCAAGAUGAAGAUGGUAAUAACUGCAAUGACCCUUACUACGAAGUGAUUCCUACUGCUAAACGCAAAAUUGUGUGCAUCUUUUUGGCUCAAAUUCGCGAGGCUAACCCUGGGAUUAAUAUUGUGAUUCCUGAUGUUCUGCUGCAAUCGACUCCGGAUAAUUCAUCCAGUGCACCAAUCCAAAUCGAAUCAGUAACCAUAGUGGCCAAUCUUCCAAAUCAGGUGCAACAUGUAAUCGGAUUAGAAGGUUCGAUACCUGAAACUAUUGGGAAGUUAACAACAUUGACUGCAUUAGACCUUAGUGGAAAUCAGUUAUUUGGAAUAAUUCCUCCCAGCAUAGGAAACUUGAUAAACAUACAAACCCUACAUCUCAUGGAGAAUAAACUUACAGCAAAUAUACCACCUGAAAUAGGCCGCUGCAGAAGUCUAACUAAUCUGUUUUUGUAA